UCCCAAGUCAAUCGACGACCCGACCAAGGUGCCAGCGACGACCUCCAUCCCUCAACACUCACACAAAAUGUCGGCCGACCUCCAGUGGCUCCUUAUCCGCAAGUGGAACUCGUUCAUGCGCCCCGCCGCGAACGGCCCCAUCUUCUCGGCUGAGAAGGGCAACCUCCUCAACAUCCACUCGGGCAAGUACUCUGGUCUCGCCAACAACAAGGUGAUCGACAUCUCGGCCAACCCCGAGGGUGCCAUCACCGUCACCAAGGUGACUGCCAACGGCGGCAAGGUCGCCUCUGCCCGCAAGCAGACCACCCUCCGUCGCUCGACCGGCCCCCGCCGCGCCAACAAGAUCGCUGCCGUCGAGACCGCCGCCAAGGGCUUCCGUGCUGACCUCCGUCCCGCUGCCGUCGCCCGCAUCUCGGCCCUCACCCGCGCCAACCGCCGCACCCAGAACCCCCCUAAGGAGUUCCCUGCCAAGCAGCGUGGCAAGAAGGCCGCCGCCGGUGCCGCCGCCGACGAGAACGCCAUCGAGCUCGACUAAGCUAGUCGUGGGCGUGUAGGUGUAGAGACUGGCCGGCAAGGGCUGUCGCGCCAGGAGGGUUUGGUAGUAGAGGUAUGCCAUAUCUCUCGCAUC